AUGAAUUCUGAUGAAAGCUUCUCUGAUGAAAAUAAUGAACAAUCAAUAAUUAAUAAAAUCAAAAAGGACUUACAACAUGAAGUUAAUAAUAAUACCAAAUUUACUUCACCUUUUGAAGGCUACAAGGAUUAUAAAACUUUCAAAAAUAUUAUUUAUAAAAUCGAACAACUUGGAAAACAUAAAG